CCAUAUUUGACGUUCGAAAAUCGAUUUGAACACUUUAUCUUUAAAUUUUAUAAACUUUUCAUCACGUUUUUAACUGUUUAUCUUAAUAAAACGACGGUUGAGGUAGACUACCAAUGGAAAACCGCGUCUCGAGGAGGUUUUCCGCGCUAUCGAAGCACUAUACAGUGGGCAAAAUUCAGAAGGCUCAAAAGCUGCAUCAAAAUGGCUGGAAAAUCUUCAGAAUUCGAUUUUUGCUUGGGAAAUCGCUGACCAAUUACUGACUACAAAACAAAGUGAAACAAGCUGCUUCAUUGGUGCUCAAACCAUGAGAACCAAGAUUCAAUAUUUCUUCCAUGAACUUCAACCAGUUCAGUAUGAGAGCUUAAAGAACUCGCUUUUGGACCAUGUGACACAGCUUCAUAAUUCAACGCAAGCAAUUUUGACUCAGCUUUGUCUGGCCAUCGCUGAUCUUGCCAUUCAAAUGCCGCAGUGGCCAAGUCCAGUAAAGGAUCUUGUAGAGAGAUUCAGCAAAACAAUGGAAAUGAUUCCUGCUCUGUUAGAAUUGCUGCAAUACUUAGCAGAAGAGGUGAAGAGCGAACAUCUGCGUAUCGGAGCAAACAGACGUGAGGAAGUUGGUAAUCAACUUCGCCAGUCCUCUAUUGUCGUUAUUCAGUUAUUGAACGCGUGCAUUGAGCAAUGUUCUAAUAAAGAACAAAUACGUAUGAAGAUAUUUUCUUGUUUUGGCGGUUGGCUUUUACUCGGAGCUUAUCCUCCGAACGAAAUUAUGAAAAGCCGUCUUCUGCCUGUUUUGUUUGAAACUCUGGUGGACGAAAAGGCAAGUGAUAACCUGCAGGAAGUAGCUGCUGAUGUCAUAUGCAAUGCUGUCUAUUCUGUUGGGGAUAUAGAUCCAGAGUCUCCGAUGGCGCGAGCACUUUCAUCCGAAGUGUUAAAGCUUGUGCCCAUGUACGAAAAGGCAAAAAAUAACGGAGACGAUGACAGGUGUUUAAAUUUUUGUCGUAUCUUCACGGAACUUGCCGAAUUCACUUUGGAUGCUGUCAUUGCAAGAAAUAGCUUACAUACGUUAGAUUUACAGAUUGUGCAAGUUAUGGUCAACGGACUUCAACAUCGCGAAUAUGAGGUGGCCGAGGUAACUUUCAAUUUCUGGUACAGCUUGUCCGAAGCGAUCUAUAGAGAGAAUCUGCCGCCGGAAAAGAACAAUUUUGAGCCAUAUUACAGGGAACUAUUUCAACAGCUUUGCCUUCGGUGCAAGCUCGAUAACGACACGGUUUGCAUACCAAACGAAAACGACGACUUCACCGCGUUUCGUGAAAGAGUUGUAGAGCUUGUGAAGGAUUCUGCUUUUCUAAUUGGCUCUGACACUCUGUUUUUUCAGCUCUGUGAGACUGUUAUACGAGAAUACGGAAAGGUUCCUUGGCAGGAUGUCGAAGCAAAGUUGUUCAUAAUGGCUGCCGUCUCUCCUAAUGUUCGAUCGAACAAUCUGGACACGGUUGCAACUCUUAUCAAUCUUAUCUUCAAUAAACCCGAUAUACCCUCUCACGUUGUUGUCAAGUAUACAGCGAUAAGGUUAAUAGGAGAGCUGGCGGCGUGGAUUGAUAAAAAUCCACGUGUAUUAGACUUGGUGCUGCAAACUUUAUACACUGGCCUUAAGACUAAGAAUCUUUCAACCAUAUCCGCGUUGGCACUGCAUAAAGUGUGUUCGUCGUGUGACCAAAAGAUGGCCCAACAUUUUAACAUUUUAUUAGAAAUAGUUCAAGUGAUCGAUUCGUUAUCAAUUUCCAAUGGAGCCGUACUCGAAUUCUUUCAAGGAGUUGCCCGAGUUCUCUCCCGAUUGCCGCCACAGGAAAUCAAAGAAGGAGUUAAGCAAUUAUGUGUUCAGCAGGUUCAACUUCUCGCUCAGUUGCUUGGGGGACAAAACGGAAGUCAUUCUAAACCGAUUUUGUAUCUAGACAGAAUAGCGACAAUAUUUAGAUAUACUGAGGUGAAAACAAAAGAUGGUGAAAGUCAUCCCUGUUUCAGUAUCGUCCAAGAGGUUUGGCCAGUUCUAUCCAUGACCUUCAAAAAAUGUCAAACCGACGUGCCAACGAUGGAACGCUGUUGCAGAUGUGUUCGUUUUGUGAUACGUUGUCUUGGUAAGCAUUUCAUUCCUCUCCUUGGUGAUUUGGUCAGUCAGAUGGUCGAGGUGUAUACAACUACACAUCAUUCAUGUUUCUUGUACUUGGGAAGUGUUUUAGUCGACGAGUUUGGAACAAAUAAACAAUGCGUUCCUGGUCUUAUACAAAUGCUUGAGGCGUUUUGUCCACCGACUUUUGCGCUUUUAUCGAGUACCGAAUCAUUUGUACAGCAUCCAGAUACCAUAGAUGAUCUUUUUCGACUUUGUACAAGAUGCGUUCAAACGUGUCCGGUGGAGUUUUUAGGCAGUCUGGCUGCUGACAAUCUAAUCAAAUAUGGCGUGGCAACGUCUACGUUAUCACAUCGAGAGGCAAACGCGUCCGUGAUGACGUUUUUCCGCGAUCUCAUUCGUGGUCCCAGUGAUACAGGAUUUGAUUCUUCCAUUUUGAGAAAUCUAAUCACGCAAGUACUUGCCAAACACGGACAAGAAAUUAUGAUAGGUUUGGUUCAAGCGUGUGCUGGAAAAAUCCCUUCGUAUAUGGUUCCUGGUGUCGGGGAAGUGGUUUGGGAAAUGUUCCAAUGGAAUAAAGAGCAAGCGAGUAUCUGGCUAGUAAAAGCAUUGGAGAUGCUACCCACACAAGCCGUCAGCGGGGCAACUAUAAUCACGAAACAACAGAUUUUUGACUUUCAUCAAGAGGUCACAAGUGCCGAUGCAUGCAAGUUUGUGGCAAGGUCAGCCCGAGCGUUUUCCAGACUAUACGAAUAAACCACAUUGGAUAAGCAGCGUCUGUUGAAAUGAUGGAUCUAUGAGGUGCAGAUCGCGCAAUACCUAGCUCGAGGUUUUGGUGCGAUGGAAUAACGGAUCAAGUUAGUUACAGGUUGACUAUGAGGACAUGCAUGUGAAAGGCUUUAUGAAUAUGGGUAAGUGUCUGCUUGAAUGCUAGAGAAACAAUUUUAAGGAAAAUUUUAAUGCAACAUUUUAAAUUUUUUGUCGAUGUCUAUAUUUUGUGUAAAGAAGAAGAGAAUUUGUGAAUUAUAUGAAAAGUUUGAUGAGAA